ACAAGUGAGAGAGAGGCUAAAGCAGCAAGUUGUUGAGAUGAGAGAGAAAUUUCCAGGCUUCAGACCAGGACUUGCGAUUUUGCAGGUUGGAAAUCGGGAUGAUUCAAACCUCUACAUUAAUAUGAAGCUGAAGGCUGCCGCUGAGAUUGGGAUCAGUGCGAAUCACAUAAAACUGCCAAACACAGCAACAGAAGCUGACGUCCUCAAGUGCAUUGCCUCUUUGAAUGGAGACCCUGCUGUUCAUGGCUUUAUAGUGCAGCUGCCACUUGACUCUGAUAAACCCAUCAAUACAGAAAAAAUAACCAAUGCUGUUGCACCUGAGAAGGAUGUAGAUGGCUUAAGUAGCAUCAAUGCUGGGAAACUCUCCAGAGGGGACCUUGGAGACUGCUUUAUUCCCUGUACACCAAAAGGAUGCAUGGAACUUAUCAGGCAGACAGGCAUCCAGGUUGCAGGGAAAAGGGCUGUAGUGGUUGGUCGCAGUAAGAUUGUUGGUGCUCCCAUGCACGACCUGCUGCUCUGGAAUCACGCAACCGUAACCACUUGCCAUUCAAAGACCUCAACACUGGCUGAUGAGGUUGGUAAAGCUGAUAUCCUGGUGGUUGCAGCUGGUAAAGCUGAAAUGGUGAAAGGUGAAUGGAUCAAACCUGGUGCAAUUGUAAUUGACUGUGGAAUUAACCAUGUGCCGGACAGCACAAAGGCCAGUGGAAAAAGAGUUGUAGGAGAUGUGGCAUACAGCACAGCAAAAGAGAAAGCUUCCUACAUCACACCUGUUCCUGGUGGCGUUGGGCCUAUGACUGUGGCCAUGUUAAUGCAGAGCACAGUGGAGAGUGCACAGCGUUUUCUGGAGAAGUUCCAGCCUGGAAAAUGGAACAUCCAGUAUAACCAGCUUACCCUAAAGAUGCCAGUUCCAAGUGAUAUUGAAAUAUCACAGUCUUACAUACCCAAGCCCAUUGAUCAAGUUGCAAGAGAAGUUGGCCUGCUCCCUGAUGAGGUGGAACUCUAUGGCCAAACUAAAGCCAAGGUUCAUCUGUCAGCUCUGAAACGGUUGAAGAACCAGCCAGAUGGCAAAUACAUUGUUGUUACUGGGAUAACUCCUACUCCCCUGGGAGAGGGGAAAAGCACCACCACUGUCGGUCUUGUUCAAGCCUUAGGAGCACACCUUCACCAGAAUGUCUUUGCUUGUGUUCGUCAGCCUUCUCAGGGGCCAACCUUUGGUAUAAAAGGUGGAGCUGCAGGUGGCGGCUAUUGUCAAGUGAUCCCCAUGGAAGAGUUUAACCUUCACCUCACUGGUGACAUCCAUGCUAUCACUGCAGCCAACAACCUGGUUGCUGCUGCUGUCGAUGCACGUAUAUUCCAUGAGCUCACUCAGACUGACCAGGCUCUCUACAAGCGUUUGGUGCCUUCUGACAAUGGUGUUAGGAAGUUCUCAGACAUUCAGAUCCGAAGACUACAGAAAUUGGGCAUUAACAAAACUGAUCCUAUGGCUUUGACAAAGGAAGAAGUCAAUUUAUUUGUGAGAUUGGACAUUGACCCAGGCACCAUAACAUGGCAAAGAGUACUGGAUACAAAUGACAGGUUCCUUAGGAAAAUCACUAUUGGACAGUCUCCAACAGAACAAGGCUUUUCACGGACGGCUCAGUUUGAUAUCACAGUGAGCAGCGAAAUCAUGGCAGUUCUAGCACUCUCUGAUGGGCUGGACGAUAUGAAAAAGCGACUGGGAAGAAUGGUGGUGGCUUCCAACAAGAAAGGAGAACCAGUUACAACAGAUGACCUUGGAGUGACUGGUGCUCUGGCUGUCUUGAUGAAAGAUGCUGUUAAACCAAACCUCAUGCAGACACUAGAGGGAACACCGGUGUUUGUUCAUGCUGGACCUUUUGCCAAUAUUGCACAUGGGAAUUCUUCAGUGCUGGCAGACAAAAUAGCACUGAAGCUUGUGGGUAAAGAUGGUUUUGUUGUUACAGAAGCAGGAUUUGGUGCAGACAUAGGCAUGGAGAAAUUCUUUAAUAUUAAGUGCCGCUAUUCCGGUCUCCGGCCUCAUGUGGUGGUGUUGGUUGCUACUGUCCGAGCUCUCAAAAUGCAUGGAGGAGGCCCUGCAGUUACUGCUGGGGUACCUUUACCAAAGGAGUACAUGGAAGAGAAUCUUCAACUGUUGGCAAAAGGCUGUAGUAAUCUAAACAAGCAAAUCCAAAAUGCACGGAUGUUUGGUGUCCCAGUAGUAGUGGCUGUAAAUGCUUUCAAAACAGAUACAAAGGCUGAAAUGGCCCUUGUAGUGCAACAGGCAAAGGAAGCAGGAGCAUUUGAUGCUGUGGUGUGCACUCAUUGGGCAGAGGGAGGUAAAGGAGCAGUUGCACUGGCUCAAGCUGUUCAGAGAGCAUCGCAGACACCCAGCAACUUCAGGUUCCUCUAUGAUGUGAAGCUCCCUGUUAUAGAUAAGAUCAGGAUUAUUGCACAGCAGAUCUAUGGGGCAAGUGACAUUGAGCUACUUCCAGAAGCACAGGAGAAGGUUGCCUUGUACACUAAGCAAGGAUUUGGAAACCUGCCAAUCUGCAUGGCUAAAACUCAUUUGUCAUUGUCUCAUGACCCUGAACAAAAAGGAGCACCUACAGGUUUUAUUCUGCCAAUCCGAGACAUUCGGGCCAGUGUUGGUGCUGGGUUCCUGUAUCCACUCGUAGGAACG